GUGGCUACACCCACAGUCUCCAAUCCUGCUCUAACCCCAGACUUAAGAUAUCUGGGAUGAUGCAAAAUCUUCUGACCGUCUGCUUCCUUUCCAGAUUGAUAGCUGCAGGAGCAUCUUUGUCAUGCGAGGUUUGUGAAGAUGUUGGAGACAACUGUAUGGGAUCUUUUCACACUUGUCCCCCUGGUUUUGACACCUGUGGCAUCAUCCAGGAAGAGACCACAACAAGGAAUACAGCUGGAGAUGAGCUGUAUUGUUUUGAGAUGUCUGAGACUGCAGGACUAGGGCAAAUGAGCGUAACAUCCGCCAUGAAGGGCUGCACCAACUCUGCUACCUGCAGCGAGAAGCUUCACAGCUCAGGCUCAUUUGCUGGGACUAGUGUCAUCACAACAUCCAGUUGCACACUAGCUUCUGGAAGGGCCAGCUUUGUCCCAGAAUGUACCGAAUUCUUCUUCCAAGCCUUCACUGGAAUCCUACUUGGGAAGCUCUUCAGUUGACUUGCACUAGGAUGAAGCGGCAGGGAUGCUGCAACACAUCCCCAUUUAACUCUUCCCCUCCCCAACACUCUGUUUUCCCCAAGCAUUUCCCCUAUGUCUUUUGGUCUUCUGCAAGUCAUAAUUGGCAGAAGAAGAGGGUAUCCAAGUAACCAGUGUUUGAAGGAGGAUGCAUCCACUGAGCUUGGCAGAUGUCAUUGUUCUAUCUUGUCACAUCUGACUUAUGGUGGCUCCGGCAAAGGGUUUUCAAGGCAAAGGGUUCUC